CGCCGCCAAGAGCUCGUCGACCAGCCCAGCGUCCUGUUGCUCCGUGCCUCACUUUCCUCGUCGCUCGCCUUCGGACUCCUCGCUUCCCUUAGGCGAUCCGUCGCUUGUCCGCAAGCCAAGCCGCCGCCUCUCCGCCGAGAAAGAGGGCUCGGCCUCGCCACCGGUCACCGCGCCGCCGGCGAGCUCUCCUGGCUCCCCCAAUCCCCCCUCCUAUUUCUCUCUCACACACACAAGGACAGACUUCCCCUUCUUCUACAGGAGCAGCCAUGGCCACCAAUGACCGCUGCCUCACCCUGAUCCGGUAGGAAUCGACCUCCUGCGGCCGAAUCCGCCCCAUCCCGACCUCGUUGGCCCUCCUCCCGGUCUUUGUCACGAUCCACCGCCAGGCUCUAAGACCAGCGCCUCCCUCUGAAUUUUAGUACGUUUUGUAUGUCCGCCCCACAAUCCCAUUAUCUAGCAGCAACUGCCGCCGCCGCCAGCAGCAGCCGCGCCCGGAGAUGCCCUCGUGGGCCGGCGCCGGCCAAGGAAGUCCCUGAGGACGACGAACACGACGAGACGGCGGCGGAGGACGGGGCCAAGGCAUGUGUACAGGACAAGCCGAGGACGAGGCCCUGGAUUUCAUCGUCGAGGAGGAGCUGGUGGUUGAGGUGAAGGAGGAGGUCGUGGUGGUGUGGAGGAGGUCGAGGAGUAUGUGGAGCCGUCGGAGGAGGCCAAGGUGUACGUGUUCAACCUUCCCUAUGACGUCAGCAGCGAGCGCCUCGCGCAGCUCUUCGAUCAGGCCGGCCAGUGCCGUCGAGGUUAUCGUGGUGAGCAGCUCUUCCUCUUAGACCAUCUUCAGUGCUGGAUGAUAGUUUCACAGUUGAUAUGUGGCAUCGGUGACAAAAGAUGCAUCAAGUUUGCACAAGGUGGCAAAUCCAACAAUUUAUGUACUGUAUUUGCAUUUUGCAAGAUAAUUUGGCUGCCAAAGUGCCACAUCGUAUCUCACUAGACCUAUUGAGUAAGUGGUAAUUUUUCCUUUAUAUAUCAUUCAGAUUUCAAUAUGCACUGUUCAUAGAUUCCUUGCAUUGUUCAGUUACCAAUUUUCGUAAGGGUCAUACUUAUUGGACAAAAUAAACUGUAUUGGUUUUUAGUUUAUAUCUGUCCAUGGUUUUGCUCAUAUCACAAAUAUUGACAGCUAGACAGUUCCCGAGUUUGGUGCAACCGAAACACUGAUAAUCCAGUCCAACAUAGAUAGUAUACCCCUAUUGGAACAUGCAUUUAUCUUCCUCGAUGAGUAUGACAGAAUCCAACAUCCGUUCGUCCUCUAAAUUGGGGCUCCAUGGCUGCCAACCUACGGAGCAAGAAAAGAGACCACCCUCUCCUCCUCCGGUUUGGAGCUCCAUGGCCGCCAUUCGACAGACGCACUGCCGUCGUUGCCUCCUCACCGCCUCACCUGGUAGACCGCAGGUAUGUGAGAAAAAAUAUUGUAUUGCUUGGAAAAAGCAUGCAAAAUUAGCAGGCAUCUCACAUGGCACCUGAAUUAGCGACAUGCAAAGCUGCCGGUGGUUGUUUGAUCAAUUGUGUGAGGUAUCUCACAUGGCACCUGAAUGCGUAUUAAUGGUGUCAAUCUGUAUCUACAUGUCGUGUGCUACAAAAGCCAAAAAGGAGCAGCAGGAUGGCCGGUCCAAGCUUGAGCAGAUUCUGUGAUAGGGUUCGAUGCUGAAAUUCAUUAGAUUUCAGUUCUGUAUAGUUUCAGGUUGGUUGCCAAUGAAAUAGACUGUCCAAGGCGCCUGAAGAAAAUGUAAUCCAAUGGUAACACAAUUAAUUAUUUGAAGUUGAUUAAAAAAUACAGAGAGGGCGGCGUGGACCAGUAGGUUCAAUUUCAGCUUUUAUGUAAUCUUUGUGUUGAUUUCUUUUGAAUUGCAAAAUCAUUUGCUGAUACCUUUCUCCCCUUUCAGUCAUAAAAUGUAAGCAUCGCACUGUUUUAUAAGGUGACCUUCCACAUUUAGUCCGAGAUUUUGUUCAUACCUUGCUUUUACUUUCGAACCGCCUUCUCUUUUAAGAUUAUCAAAUGAUAUCUAUAACUAUUUUAUAAGGUACAGUUUCAAAUUUAGUCCGAGAUAUUUUUUUCGUACAUUGAGUUUAGUUAUAUGUUAUAAUUGAUAUAGUUUUUAGCUAAUUUGACAACCAAUGAUGGCUCCAAUGCCUAUGUCGCUUCUUUGCUACAAAAUGUAACAUGUGAUUUAUUUUUUGCCGAUCUUCGUCAAAGUGUUUUUGUUUAUACAUUGCAGGAACCUAUAAGCCAAUAGUAUUAGCUUUAGAUGGCUUUCCAGGGAUUGAAGUGGUUGGAGCUGCAGGCCGAACUCAAAAUAUUUGUUUUUUCAAUACCAUUUGUUAAUUUAAUUGCAAACAUUGUGGUACACGUAUUAUGCCAAUAGAUAAAGACAUGUCCCAAUCUUCUUUGUCUGCUCACGUAUGUUCAUUUUUAAUACAUGAGGCGAUCUGAAUUAAAGGAAGAACUCUAUGUUGUCUGCUUGAAUCAAUUGUUCAUCUCUACAUUAACGAAUAGAUUUGUUCAGACUUCAGAAAUGUGUGGUUGAGGAGACAGGAACACACAGCAGUCUGCACUACACACUUGACAUACAUGCAAAGGAUCUUCACUAAGAUAUAUCGAGCAGAGCUCAUCACAACAUCCUGUGACGUUCUCAACCAUGUUAUCCUUCACGAUAAACAUAUUUUGAGGGAGACAAGAGAGCAUCCAAGCACGACCAUGUUGAUCUUGAUGUCUUGCUGCAGUACAAGCGGCUGUUGUCCCUUGAUCCAGGUUGUUAACUGUAAGGUUUCGUUGAAACGACUGGAAGAUCUCCUCUUGGCUGAUGAGAGAAUACUUAUGCCAAAUCCACCUAUUGAUCCUGAGCUUCCAGCCAUUUCUAUCAAGAAUGGAAACUUUUCAUGGGAGUUGCAGGCUGAGCGACCAACACUAUCAAAUGUCAAUCUGGACGUGCCUGUCGGCAGUUUAGUUGCAAUAGUAGGAAGCACUGGGGAGGGGAAGACUUCUCUUAUUUCUGCAAUGCUUGGUGAAAUAGCACCAGUAUCAGGAUCAGAUACCUCAGUGGUCAUUCGUGGUUCAGUGGCAUAUGUUCCUCAAGUUUCAUGGAUCUUCAAUGCUACCGUCCGGGAUAACAUAUUGUUUGGGUCUCCAUUCCAACCUUCGCGCUACGGGAGAGCAAUAGAUUCUACUGCAUUACGACAUGACCUUGACCUACUCCCAGGUGGCGAUCUCACAGAGAUUGGAGAAAGGGGAGUGAAUAUUAGUGGGGGGCAAAAACAAAGAGUUUCAAUGGCAAGAGCUGUUUAUUCUGAUUCAGAUGUUUACCUAUUUGAUGAUCCACUGAGUGCAUUAGAUGCCCAUGUUGGUCGACAGGUAUUUGAUAAAUGUAUCAAAGAAGAGCUACGGCACAAAACUCGGGUCCUCGUUACUAAUCAGCUGCAUUUUCUGCCAUAUGUGGAUAAAAUACUGCUAAUCCAUGAUGGAGUAGUUAAAGAGGAGGGUACAUUUGAUGAACUUAGUAAUACUGGGGAGCAGUUCAAAAAACUUAUGGAAAAUGCUGGAAAGAUGGAGGAACAAACAGAAGAGAAACAAGACGAAAACAAGUCACAGGAUGACAUAAAGCACACUGAAAAUGGGGACGUAGUAAUAGCUGAUGGUGGUCUGCAAAAGAGCCAGGAUAGUUCGAGUAAAACAAAGCAGGGAAAAUCUGUUCUUAUUAAGCAAGAGGAACGUGAAACUGGAGUUGUCAGUACGAAGGUCCUUUCACGCUACAAAAAUGCAAUGGGAGGUAUUUGGGCGGUGUCCGUCCUCUUCUUGUGCUAUACACUGACUGAAACUCUACGAAUUUCAAGUAGCACAUGGUUGAGCAUUUGGACUGAUGAGGGUUCUCUGAAUAUCCAUGGCCCUGGUUACUACAACUUAAUCUAUGGCAUUCUUUCUUUUGGGCAGGUUCUAGUCACUCUCACGAAUUCUUACUGGCUGAUCACGUCAAGUCUUCGAGCUGCCAAGAGGUUGCAUGACUACAUGCUCCGGUCUAUAUUAAGAGCUCCCAUGGUAUUUUUUCACACCAAUCCACUUGGACGGAUCAUCAACAGAUUUUCGAAGGAUUUGGGUGACAUUGACAGGAAUCUUGCUGUCUUCGUCAACAUGUUUAUGGCACAAAUAUCUCAGUUGCUCUCAACAUUUGUUCUCAUCGGUGUUGUCAGCACUAUGUCUCUUUGGGCUAUCAUGCCACUUCUGAUUUUAUUUUAUGCAGCCUACCUUUAUUACCAGGCCACAUCACGCGAGGUAAAGCGCAUGGAUUCUAUUACUAGGUCUCCUGUGUAUGCUCAGUUUUCAGAGGCAUUAAAUGGUCUGUCCACAAUCCGUGCCUACAAAGCCUAUGAUAGAAUGUCAAACAUCAAUGGGAAAUCAAUGGACAACAACAUCAGGUUCACACUCGUGAACAUGAGUUCAAAUAGGUGGCUAGCCAUCCGGCUGGAAACAUUGGGUGGCAUCAUGAUAUGGUUCACGGCAACAUUUGCUGUCAUGCAAAACCAACGAGCAGAGAAUCAGAAGGCCUUUGCUUCCACGAUGGGUCUUCUUCUUACCUAUACCCUCAAUAUCACCAAUCUGCUCACAGCUGUUCUUCGUCUUGCUAGUCUUGCUGAAAACAGCAUGAAUGCUGUUGAACGUGUGGGAACAUACAUUGAGUUGCCUUCUGAGGCUCCUCCUGUCAUUGAGGAUAACAGGCCACCUCCUGGUUGGCCAUCAUCUGGUAUCAUCAAGUUUGAAGAUGUUGUGCUUCGGUACCGACCAGAACUUCCUCCUGUUCUUCAUGGAAUAUCAUUCAUUAUUAAUGGAAGUGAGAAGGUAGGAAUAGUUGGCAGAACAGGUGCUGGUAAAUCUAGCAUGCUUAAUGCUUUGUUCCGUAUUGUGGAGCUGGAGCGAGGGAGAAUAUUGAUUGAUGAUUGUGACACUUCUAAGUUUGGAAUUUGGGAUCUGCGGAAAGUGUUAGGAAUAAUACCACAGGCACCGGUCCUGUUUUCAGGUACUAUUCGAUUUAAUCUGGAUCCUUUCAGCGAGCAUAAUGAUGCGGAUCUAUGGGAGGCUCUUGAAAGGGCUCAUCUAAAAGAUGUCAUAAGGAGGAAUGCUCUAGGGCUAGAUGCUGAGGUUUCUGAGGCCGGUGAAAAUUUUAGCGUUGGACAGCGGCAGCUGCUGAGUUUAGCUCGUGCAUUGCUACGAAGGGCAAAGAUACUUGUUCUUGAUGAGGCAACAGCAGCAGUUGAUGUUCGAACUGAUGCUCUUAUACAGAAGACAAUCAGAGAAGAAUUCAAGAGUUGUACAAUGCUUAUAAUCGCUCACCGCUUGAACACUGUUAUCGACUGUGACAGGUUGCUUAUUCUAAGUUCUGGGAAGAUUUCGGAAUUUGACACCCCCGAGAACCUUCUGAGCAAUGAGGAUGGUGCUUUCUCCAAGAUGGUUCAGAGCACAGGGCCUAGCAAUGCAGAAUAUCUUAAGUCUCUUGUGCUUGGGAAUGGUGAAGAGAGGCUGCGAAAGGAAGAAAGUAAGCUGCAAGAUAUUCAGAGGAAAUGGGCCGCGUCGAACCGAUGGGCUGUUGCUGCCCAGUUUGCGCUUGCUGCUAGCCUCGCAUCAUCCCACAGCGACCUUCUCUCAUUGGAGGUUGCUGAGGGAAACAACAUCCUCAGGAAAACAAAGGACGCAGUAAUCACCCUGCAGGGCGUCCUUGAAGGGAAGCACAACACUGAAAUCGAGGAGUCGCUCACAGAGUAUCAGGUUCCAUCUGAUAGGUGGUGGUCGUCACUUUACAAAGUCAUCGAAGGCCUCGCCACGAUGAGCAAACUGGGGCGCAACCGUCUACGGCAACCUGGUUACAGUUUUGAAAACCACGGGUCUAUUGACUGGGAUCAAAUUUAGGUGUAGAACACUCCGUUGCUGCGCUACCGAAUCCCUGGAACCGCAUCGUGGAAUAGUUUGGGGGUGUGCAUUAAUCAGGCACGGUUUAAUUUCUACAGUAUUGUAGUACAUUUCAUUGCCAGUACAUUGACGUGCAAGUCGGGAGUUACUCAGUAGAAACGCCGUCUUGAUGCCUAUCUGAAGGCGAAUAACAAGGGGAUUUUGUAGCAGUGGCAGUCUUGUAAUGUCGUCCGCAUGGGUUACAUUUCUUGUGCCCAAUCUCGGUAAUCAGCGUACCCGAAAUUUUGAUAAUAUUGUGCAAUACGAGUGUACGUGGAUUCUUUAUGUCCUGA